ACUUUGAAAUGGAUUCCUCUGCCUCACCCAUAGACGACGAUAGCAUCAUUCAAGAAAGUUUGCUAUAUGAUUCAGAGAAACAGGAAAUUUUAGAGCCCGUUGAAUACACACAAACACGCUCUAAGUUUCAACACUUGUUUUCAUCUUAUGCUAGAGCAGGUAGUCCUCUUCUCUUUGGUGAAGACGCAGGGAACUUGAGAAUUCUUCAGCUCGACGUCGACUAUGAAAUCGUUCAAAAGGAUACAUUUUUAGAAGACUCGAGUUCUGCGGCUGUUCUUCGAAUUUAUGGUGUCACGGAGGGUGGUAACAGUGUCUUGGCUCGAGUGCACGGUUUUCGUCCGUUUUUCUUCAUUAUUUGUCCCUCUCAGUUUGACCCAGCGGACCUUCCAGCCAUUAAGGAGAGUCUCGAAAAACGUGCACGGGCAGUGUCUUCUAUGAAAAACUGUCAAGGCCCUAUCAUACAUGAUUUGGAAAUAUUUGAAGGUCGUUCGCUGUUAUAUUUUGUUCCGAGCGAUCCGCUCAUUCGUUUUUUGAAAAUUACUGUGGCACUCCCAUCAUAUGUUAGACAGCUGGCUCAAAUUUUAGAAAGGGGUGAUAUAGAUUUCUCUCCAUACGAGGAAUCGCGCUAUUCGACGUUUGAAGCUUCUGUAGAUUUCAUAUUAAGAUUCAUGAUUGAAACAAACAUGUAUGGCUGUUCGUGGGUAGAAAUGCCAUCAAACAGAUAUCAUCUCCCGGAAAAACAAACUUCGCAUAUGCAGUUCGAAAUUGAUAUUCAUUACACCCAUUUGGUAUGUCAUGCACCUCAUGGUGAAUGGCUUAAAACAGCACCCAUUCGUAUACUUUCAUUUGAUAUAGAAUGUGCUGGAAGACCCGGAGUCUUUCCAGAGCCGGAACACGACCAAGUAAUACAAAUUGCUAAUUAUAUGACGGAAACAGGAAAAUCAGAACCAAUUGCUCGGACAGUUUUAACUUUAGGUUCAUGUGCACCUAUCGCUGGUGCAAAGGUACUCAGUUUUGAUUCUGAAGCAGAAUUAUUGGAGGCUUGGGUUUCCUUUCUUUGUGCUACGGACCCUGACAUUUUGACAGGAUAUAAUAUAGUCAAUUUUGAUCUUCCAUAUCUACUUAAUCGCGCAAGUGUGUUGCAUUUAUCCUCUUUUCCAUUUCUUGGACGAUUGAUGGGAGUCAUGACGAAAAUGCACGACACGAGACUGAGCUCCAGUGCUUUUGGAACACAUGAAAGCAAAGCAUUCACGAUGAAUGGGCGAAUUAUUGUGGAUAUGUUGCAGAUCCUUGUACGUGACUACAAGCUGCGUUCUUAUUCCUUGAAUUCUGUAUCUUUUGAAUUUCUCGGUGAACAGAAGGAGGAUGUUCACCAUUCGAUCAUAACUGAAUUGUUCCAUGGAAAUGAAAACACUAGAAGGAGACUGGCAGUAUACUGUUUGAAAGAUGCUUAUCUUCCACAUCGAUUAAUGGAGAAAUUAAUGUCUCUCACAAAUUAUAUGGAACUGGCACGUGUAGCAGGAAUUCCACUGGCAUGGCUACUCUCGAGAGGACACAUGAUCAAAGUUGUCAGUCUGCUUCAUAGGAAGGCAUUUCCCGAAAGUUUAUUGAUUCCGGAUUUGAAGAAUACUAGCCACAAUUCUUCAGAGGAAGCAGAAAGUUAUGAAGGCGCAACCGUAAUCGAACCAAAACGUGGAUUUUACAAGAUGCCCAUCGCAACAUUAGACUUUGCUUCAUUAUACCCCUCUAUUAUGAUGGCACAUAAUAUUUGUUAUUCUACUCUAGUUCGGAAAGACCGUGUGAAAUACUUGAAGCCUGAAGACUAUAUCAAAUCACCAAGUGGAGACUGCUAUGUUCGUCCAUCAGUGAAAAAGGGAGUGUUAUCCAAAAUUUUAGAAGAUUUGCUUUCAGCUCGCAAAGUAGCAAAAAGAGAGUUAGAACAGGCGACAGACCCGUUUCUAAGAUCUGUCCUAAAUGGACGACAGUUGGCUUUGAAGAUUUCAGCUAACGCUGUUUAUGGAUUCACUGGAGCAUCUCGUGGAAAGCUUCCAUGUACCGAAAUUUCAGCUUCCAUCACAGCUUUUGGUCGCCGGAUGAUUGAGACUACCAAGUCCCUGGUUGAGUCCAAAUUUCCAUCCAGUGUAGUGAUUUACGGAGACACAGACUCAGUGAUGGUAAAAUUUAGAGACGACUUGACUUUAGAGGAGUCGAUGUCUUUAGGUCAACAAGCUGCUGAUAUCAUUUCCCAAAGUUUUCCGAAGCCUAUUAAGUUGGAGUUUGAAAAAUGUUAUUAUCCUUAUCUUUUGAUUCAGAAGAAGAGAUAUGCUGGGUUACUUUGGACGAAGACGGAAACCUAUGAUAAGAUGGAUUGUAAAGGAAUCGAGACUGUGAGACGUGAUAAUUGCAAGUUAGUAGCUAAUGUUGUAUCUAAAGUCCUUGAGAAGCUACUUGUCGAACGCGAUGUACAAGGCGCUAUUGACUUUGUAAAGAAAACCAUUUCAGACCUUUUGCAAAACAAGGUUGAUAUUUCCUUAUUGGUAAUUUCUAAGGAACUAUCCAAGGCAGCUGCCGAUUAUGAUGCCAAUCAAGCACACGUCACUUUAUAUAAGAAGCUUUAUCAACGUGAUCCAGGUUCCGCACCCUCGUUAGGCGAUCGAAUUCCUUACGUUACCAUAAAAGGACGUAAGGAUCAGCCUGCACAUGAGAGAGCUGAAGAUCCUAUAUACGUUUUGGAGCAUAAUUUGCCUUUAGACACGGAAUACUAUCUAAAAAAUAUGUUGCGAAAGCCACUGGAGCGCAUCUUUGAACCCAUUAUAGGCAAAAAUGUUUCGAGUUUGUUUGAAGGUGAACAUACCCGUUCUAUCACAGUUACUACUCCAAGUACAGGUGGUAUUAUGCGUUUUACAAAAGUUUCUGUUACUUGUCUUGGUUGCCGAACUCCUAUUCCGCAAACUGAAAGCAAGGAACCGCUUUGUAAAUACUGUAAAGCAAAUGAAGCUUCUAUAUAUGAGAAAAUUCUUUGCAAUGUGCGUGAAUAUGAACGUCAAUAUGCCAUGUUAUGGACUCAGUGUCAGAGAUGUAUGGGUUCCAUCUGUCAAGAUGUUUUAUGUUCCAAUAGCGAUUGUCCUAUCUUCUAUAGGCGUCGCAAAGUUCAAAAGGAUUUGGAAGAUACUUCAAAACAACUUGAACGAUUCGAAAUUCUUCCUCCUCCAUCAUGGUAGUAGUAAGGCUGUAAUAGGAAAUCUUUUAGAUUUUGUUGUAGUCACUUU